AUGGCCGAUCCACUGAGUGCAGUUGCAAGUAUCAUCAGUAUUACUGAUUUUGGGGUCAAAGGCGUCAACAGCCUCAGACACCUCUAUCGAUCGUACAAGGAUGCACCCAAACAGAUGGAACAGCUUCGCAACGAGGCUCCCGCCCACUGGGCAUUCAUGAUGCAAUUGGGCCAGGUAUUUGAUGCUGCAGCAGAGAUGGGCGAUGACGACUUCAGCCGCAUGAUUUUCGAGCUCGGCGAGCAGGGCAAUACAUUUUUAAAUGAGAUUGACAAAUUGCUCGCAAAUGACGAGCAACUCGACGCCACAACCCGCCAGAAGCGAACACGGAGGGAUUUCAUCGGAGCUAAAUUGCGCCACUUUGCCAAAAGGUGCGAGUUGAGAUCCAAGCAUCGUCUUGCUUUAGCACAAAAGAAAAACUUUGAGAAUUUGCGUGGGAGUAUGAACUCGAUCUUGUUGGCACAAAGCACCCGGUAA